GCAGUUUUGGGUAACGCUGUUCUGCUGACCUGACAAGACCCAAACGUAGUCUUGGCCCCAGCUCUGGCUUCAGCCUCGGCCCGACGAGGCAAUGGCUAAGGUGUCGGUGCUGAACGUGGCUGUUCUGGAGAAUCCGAGCCCUUUCCACAGCCCCUUCCGGUUCGAGAUCAGCUUCGAGUGCAAUGAGGCCCUGACGGACGACCUGGAGUGGAAGAUCAUUUACGUUGGCUCAGCUGAGAGUGAGGAGUUUGAUCAAAUCCUAGACUCGGUACUGGUCGGCCCUGUCCCAGCAGGGAGACACAUGUUUGUCUUUCAGGCUGAUGCCCCCAAUCCAUCCCUCAUCCCUGAGACCGACGCGGUAGGUGUGACCGUGGUCCUCAUCACCUGCACCUACCACGGACAGGAGUUCAUCCGCGUGGGCUACUAUGUCAACAAUGAGUACCCCAACCCUGAGCUGCGGGAGAACCCACCCCUGAAGCCAGACUUCUCUCAGCUCCAGCGGAAUAUCUUGGCCUCAAACCCUAGGGUGACCCGUUUCCACAUCAACUGGGACAACAAUACAGACAGGCUGGAAGCCAUAGAGAACCAGGACCCCGCACUGGGCUGCGGCUUCCCCCUCAGCUGCACUCCUAUCAAGGGCUUGGGUCUCCCUGGCUGCAUCCCUGGCCUCCUCCCUGAGAACUCCAUGGACUGUAUCUAACUGUGGGACUCUAGGCCCUACCUGAGCCCAACUGGGACCUCAACCAAUCUCCUGGCACAUCUGGAGGGGGCAGCCAGGCCUCCUAGAAAGUCUCAUGGAGGCCAUGUGGAGGACUUAGGGGCCGUCAGCUGUGUCCAGGUCAGUCAAACUUGGCCUCAAGGAAGGAAGAGCCCUCAGGUCUCCUCUAGCCCCAGCCCAGAGGAUCAUCUCACCUCUACUGCCCAGGCCUGAAAGAAGCAGAUACUUCAGUUCUUAAUUCUUUCUGACUUGUGUGCUCUCUUACACACACACUAUAAACUCCACCUGCAGACCAUUGUGCCACCAUGCUCCCUUGAGUACCAUUAACCCAAAGUUCUUCCCACAGACCUCCCUGGCCUGCCAUGAGGCUUUACCGGUCAAUGCCUGGCAAGGCUCUGGCCCUAUUGGGCCAAAGGCUCUGUCAUUCCUUUCCCUCCCCAAACAUCUGAGCAGAUCCACCCAGCUUUUUGCAGUCUCAGGCCAGUAGUCUUUGUAAAAAAUGGACUUGGACACAAUCUCUGUCCUAGGAUGAUUUUUAGGUCUUUUCAAUCCAAUAGCCGCCUGGAAAACUUGUUCCCAAAAGGGUGAUCAGCAGGGUGCUGAGGAAAGAUGGUCGACUCUUCUCUCAGUCACCACCAUCUUUCUGUUACCUCCCAACUGGAUCUUUCUUUCCUUGGAGGCUGCCACUGUAAGAAGAUGACAUGUUGGAGGGGUCAUCUGUGCUCAGUUUGUCUCAGUGUUGGUUUCAGGACCCUCUGCUUGGUGGCUGCCUUGAUCUGCCCUCUGCUAAGACCUUAUGCUCUCAGAGGCCACAGAGUGCAGACAAGGGAAGCAGCAGGGAUCCUGAAAACCUUCCCUUUCCCCCCCACCCUCAACCCCUUGCUGCUGCGCGGAUGCUGUUGUGAUUGUAGUUUGUAUAUUAAAGGAUUUUUUAUAUUAAAUAUGUUUGGUUGGUCUAAAAAUAAAAAAGCAUUUCAACUA